CCAUGGGGAGCUUGAAUGUAAACCGUGCGGUCAAAGACCCAUUCUAUCGUUAUAAAAUGCCUCGGAUCCAAGCCAAGGUAGAAGGCAAAGGUAAUGGCAUAAAAACCGUCAUGGUCAACAUGAUUGAAGUUGCUAAGGCCAUUGACAGACCCCCAACGUACCCUACUAAGUACUUCGGAUGUGAACUUGGUGCCCAAACCCAAUUCGACUUCAAAAAUGACAGAUACAUCGUCAAUGGGUCCCACGACGCAGCCAAGCUGCAAGAUCUUCUGGAUGGAUUUAUUAGGAAAUAUGUUCUGUGCCCGGCGUGUGAUAACCCUGAGACUGAUUUAUCUGUAAAAAGGAUGGCAAUCUUCCAAGGCUGUAAAGCUUGCGGUCGUCAUGGCGCUCUGGAGUUUAAUCACAAACUUAAUACUUUUAUCUUAAAAAAUCCACCAACUUUAAACCCAGCGUCAACCGGAAGUUCUCUCACUGAAGGCAAGCGUGGCAAACGGUCGAAGAAGACAAAUGGCGAUACCAAUGGCGAUCGUUCUGGUUCUCCGGAGAACGAAAACAGCACAACUAAUAUAAUAGUUGAAGCACCAACGAAAAUUGCUGGGGAAGACGAGUAUGAUCAGUGGGCAGUCGAUGUAUCAGAGGAGGCUGUUAGAGCUCGUCUUCAGGACUUGACUGAUGGAGCAAAGGGAAUGACUAUCAGCGAUGAUCUUGAAAAAUCUGAGAAAGAACGAAUGGAUAGUUUUUAUGAGUUGGUCAAACGCCGGCGGGAUGCCGGCCAGCUUGGUAAUCACAAGGAGUUGGUUGCCGAGGCUGAACGUCUGGAGAUUAAAUCCAAAGCUCCAUUGGUUCUUGCCGAGCUUUUGUUCGAUCACGCUCUGGCACUACAAGUUAAGAAACAUCGUGUACUUUUACUCCGUUUUACACACGAUGACGCCAAAGCGCAGAAAUAUUUAUUGGGAGGAAUCGAACAGGUCAUCGCUCUACACAAAGAUUCUCUGAUGCCCAAAGUACCCGGAAUUUUGAAGCUAUUUUAUGAUGCUGAUAUUCUGGAGGAAAAGGCUUUGCUCGAGUGGGCCAGCAAAGUCAGCAAGAAAUAUGUUUCGAAAGACUUGGCCCAGGAGAUCCAUGACAAAGCCGCUCCAUUUCUUACAUGGUUGAAAGAAGCUGAGGAAGAAGAUUCUGAUUCCCAAGAAGAAGACGACGACCUGGAGAUCGAGUAUGAUGAUAGAGCUAAGCAACCGUUGAAGCAACAACAACAACAGCAGCAGCAGCCUAAGAAACCUGUUGCCAAUGACUCCGAAGAAGAUGAUUUUGACAUUGAUGCCAUUUAAGAAGAAAAUGUGUUGAGUUAAGAAAGAAAAUUAAAGUAGACACGGAUUUGUCUCGGCACAAUGGUAAUUAACGUUAGGUUCUCUUAUUUUAUACCCAUGUAUUCCCACCACUGUUCACUCGCGUAUGUUGUUCAAAUAAUUGUUUUCAAUAUCAUCAAUUUUUAACCAUCACAUGUUAUUGCAAACUGACAUUACCCUCGGCCUAAAAAUUGGCAGGCAACUGCUUGAAGAUGCCCAGUUGUCCACGGGAAAUAUGAAUUAUGAUGAAAUAUUUUCAUUAUAAUUCACGAUGUCUGAAGAUAACAACAAACAAACAGAAAUAAAAAAUACGUGCAAAUUUUCAGGUAGCUAUUCAUAGUUUAGGAAUUAAUUAAAAUGUACAACUUUUAGUUUUUACUCCACUCAUUGCAAUUAGAUAAUUGAUUUGAAACACAGAUUGUACUGUUACUGAGAAUUGAUCUUCGAUCCCUUAUGAUAUCAAUAGUUACGACCGUUAAUAAAAAGUUGGCUCGCUGAGACGUUCUGUAUUGUAUCUAGGUAUUUACUAUUCUGAUGAUAAUUACUCAAAUAAAUGUUAAUCGCAAUUCUAUCAAACGCUGGUUUUCUUUUUACAUCCAAAUCUGAAGUCUCAAUUUGUUAUCCCUUAUCACUUGCGCUGAAUCCACUCAAUAGCACCUUAGUAUUCAAGAGCUAAAUGUUUUAUCUGCGCCAAGCUAUUAUUUUAUGGAUUUUUGCUCAAGCUUUUUAUUGUCACAUAAUAAUUUCUACGAUAGGAUUGGUAUUUGAUAUUCGAUCAAAUCAUCAGCCAACGUAUCAACUAUUGAUCUUUAAACUCAAGACGGUAGCCUCAACCAUUGCCUCAACGAAUUCAAAUCUUUCCAGGUUCAACCGGAAAUCGGAAGUGAUAUGUCGUAUAGUUGACGCAUAUGGCACUGAAACUAUGAGCGCGACAGUCGAAAUACUGGAUCGACUGACAGCUUUUGCUCGCUCCUUAGUUGGCGAGUGUCGAGGAAGUUCUAUCCUAACAAACGGGCCGUAAACUUUUGCGCGUUUAUAAAAUAACCGAAAACUGUGUUGUGGAGAAGCAGUGGGAUGGUACAUUGAAACCUCACGUUAGGGAUUCCUGCAUGGACCGUUCUCAAGAGUUUUUAUAGGCAUGAAUUGUUCGACUGCAGAGAAGUCGGUCUAUGUAUAGCAUCAAACCAUACACGCUAGACUUUGGAUAAAAGAGAACGUAGAGUUCGUGAGAGAAGAAGAAGAAUAAAAAUUAAAGCAACAACCGAACUUGCUGGGCGAAGGAUCAUUUCAGAAAUAGAGGCGAAUGCGAGCGAAUAUAUAUAGG